CGACGAAGCCGCCCGGCGGCGGCGUUUCCUGGGCAAGGAGACCGGGCACGGAGGCUAUGGGCAGCCAGGAGGCGCUGGGCCAGGCGGCCCGGCUGGCCUCCUCCGGUCUGCUCCUGCAGGUGUUGUUUCGAUUGAUCACCUUCAUCUUGAAUGCAUUUAUUCUUCGCUUUCUGUCAAAGGAAAUCGUCGGCAUAGUGAAUGUAAGGCUAACACUGCUUUACUCGACCACCAUCUUCCUGGCCAGAGAGGCCUUCCGUAGAGCGUGUCUGAGUGGGGGCUCCCAGCGAGACUGGAGCCAGACCUUCAACCUCCUAUGGCUAACAGUUCCCCUGGGUGUGUUAUGGUCCAUGUUCCUGGGCUGGGUCUGGUUACGGUUCCUUGAAGUGCCUGAUCCUGAUGUCAUCCCGUACUAUGGAACUGGAGUGGUGGUGUUUGGUCUCUCAGCUGUGGUGGAACUUCUGGGAGAGCCCUUCUGGGUCUUGGCGCAAGCACACAUGUUUGUCAAGCUCAAGGUGAUUGCUGAGAGCCUGUCGGUAAUCCUCAAGAGUGUCCUGACAGCUUUUCUUGUGCUGUGGUUGCCUCACUGGGGACUGUACAUUUUCUCUUUGGCUCAGCUUUUCUAUACUGCAGUUCUGGUGCUCUGCUAUGUUAUUUAUUUCAAAAAGUUACUGAGUUCCCCAGAAUCAACCAAGCAGCAAACUCUUCCUGUCUCCAGAAUGACAGAUCUAUUACCCAAUAUUCCAAGAAGUGGAGCUUUUGUAAAUUGGGAAGAGGCUAAAUUGACCUGGAGUUUUUUCAAACAGUCUUUCUUGAAACAGAUUUUGACAGAAGGCGAGCGAUAUGUGAUGACAUUUUUGAAUGUAUUAAAUUUUGGCGAUCAGGGUGUAUAUGAUAUAGUGAAUAAUCUUGGCUCCCUUGUGGCCAGAUUAAUUUUCCAGCCAAUAGAGGAGAGCUUUUAUAUAUUCUUUGCUAAGGUGCUGGAGAGAGAAAAAGAUGCCACACUUCAGAAGCAGGAGGACAUAGCUGUUGCCGCUGCAGUUUUGGAGUCCCUGCUCAAGCUGGCUCUGCUGGCCGGCCUGACCAUCACCAUUUUUGGCUUUGCCUAUUCUAAGCUGGCUUUGGAUAUCUAUGGAGGGGCCAUGCUUAGCUCAGGAUCAGUUGCUAAGAAGUAUCUCUUUGUAUGGAUGGCCCACAGUUUGUUUAUCCUUUCUCCUGCUGAUGUCGGUCCUGUUUUGCUGCGUUCCUAUUGUCUCUAUGUCCUCCUGCUUGCUGUCAAUGGAGUAACUGAGUGCUUCACAUUCGCUGCCAUGAGCAAAGAGCAGGUCGACAGGUACAAUUUCACGAUGCUGGCUCUGUCAUCUUCAUUCCUGGUGUUAUCCUAUCUCCUGACCCAUUGGUGUGGCAGUGUGGGCUUCAUCUUGGCCAACUGCUUUAACAUGGGUAUUCGGAUCACACAGAGUCUUUGCUUCAUCCACCACUACUACCAAAAGAGCCCCUACUGGCCCCUGACCGGCCUGUACCUGUCGCCAGUCCUCUUCGGAGCAUUUGCCCUCAGUGGUGGGAUUACUGGUAUUUCAGAGGUGUUCCUCUGCUGUGAGCAGGGCUGGCCAUCCAGGCUGGCACAUGUUGCUGUGGGGAUCUUCUGUUUGGGAGUAACUCUCGGGACAGCUUUCCUCACAGAGACCAAGCUGAUCCACUUUCUUAGGACUCAGUUAGGUGUGUCCAGACGCGCUGACAAAAUGACAUGACUUCAGGGAUUCACUGACACCUGUGCCCCUGGACCAGCUGUGGGGCGGUUUUGUGGGUGGAACACACGUUCUGUGUGGAUAAGCCCCACAGAGGUGUCUGCAGUGGAGAGAGACCAACCUAGGGAGGUGAGACAUUGGAGAGAACCACCAGACCAAACACUUACCUUCCAGUUGAAGUCUCAACCAGGAAGGAGGUGUUCUAUUUUUAAAGGAAGGCCUAAAAGCUCUUUUAAAAUAGAUAAUUUUUUUUUUUCACUAUUUUGUACUAAUCAACAUUUUUCCUUUUGAUUAAUGUAUUCCUUUUGGCUGUGAUUGACCUUAAGAGCUACAUGCUCCAACAAACUAUAUCUUGGAUGUUAACAGUUAAUAAUCAUCUAGUCCAGAAAAAGAGAGAUGGCCAUUUUACCCUUCAUAGGAAUAUUUGAUUUUUUCUAUAAAAGAAGGAAGGAGACUUGGUGUGAGAUACCAAAUAAGAACAAAGGCAGUCUGGGAGUUGUGGCUUUUCUUUUGUCAGCAAUGUGGUCUGGGUUUUUAGAAAACGAGAAAUGUUACUCAAUAAGAAAUCCAAGAAAUGAAAACACGAAGUCUUUGAGAUUAUGUUUCCCAGAGUUAACUAGGGUGGAUCACGCCUGAUCUUCACAGCUGUGUCCCUGGGGCCAGCACACGCAUUCCCACAAGACCCUUGGCCUGGCCACCUGCAAGAGGGGGAUUUUGAAGGAAACUGAUCCAGUGUGAGCUGCCUUGUCUGCUGAAGGGAACACUGCUUUGCAGCUGACUGUAACUUGCUGUGUGGAGAUUGCACAGAUGACAACCAAAGUUGAAUAGAUGUAUCUUUUUUACCUCAAAAUAAAAUAGGGUAAAUUCUGUAUGGCAAGUA